GGGUUUCUAAUCCAGAUGAGCUUUGGGAAGUAAUUCAAAAGGUUUGGGUUAAGAUGGAUAUAAAAAAUCUUAACAAGCUUAUUGAAAGCAUACCACAACAAGUAAUUGAUGUUUUUAAUACAAAAGGAGGAUACACUAAAUGGUGA